ACGAGUUUGAGAUUGGUCAUAGAAAUCGCAGCCACGCCAUCAUUUUUUUUUUCUUCUCAUUAUUAUAUUACAUAUAUUUUUAACUAAACUUGUCUCUUUUAAAGCUUCAGAAGGAGCUUUCUCUUCUUCUCCUUCACUUUCUACAUUUUCACACAACUGUCUCUGCGUUCAUAAAAGUCAAAAUACAAUUCAGUGCUUUUGAUGCUUAUUCUGUCCUUUUCCAGAUCUUGCACACCAUUUAAUUCUUCUGCUUCUUCUUCACUCAGAAUUUUGUGGGGGUGCUCCUGCUAUCCAGGAAGUGAAGGCAUAAGGUGGUUUCUCUUCUUACCCAUAUGCACUUUUGCUGUUGAAAUUGGUUGGUGAGUUGAAGAGGUGUAUUAAGGUUGAGUUUGGAGUUGAAAAGGUUUGAACUUUUUGGGUGAUUGCGCUUUGUUGAAGUCUGGUUUUUAAAUGGCUGUAGAGGAGUCUGAGUCUGUGAUUGGGGAGCUAGAAAGGGAGGAGAACUUGAUUGCUGCAGUAAGGAAUAUUGUGAAGGCAUUAGGGCCAAAUAAGACCUUAACUAGUGAUGCCAAGAAAGUACUAGCAGAUCUUGGCACUAGAUUGUCCUCCAUGUCCUUACCUAGUGAGAAGGAGGAGGGGAAACUAGGGCAUGGGGGGGAUGAUGGUGAUGAUCAUGUUGGUGGUGGUGACCAUGAUGUUGAUGAUGAUGAUCAAGAGGAGGGUGUUAGUGCUAUUGAAGAAAGGCUUAGUGUGAUUCAGGAGAAAAUAAUGAGAUGGGAGGAAGAUCAGUCAAUGAUUUGGGAUUUGGGACCUGAGGAAGCAUCUGAGUAUCUCAAUGCUGCUAAUGAAGCACGCCGUUUGAUCGAGAAGUUGGAAAGUUUGCAUUUGAAGAAAGAGGAUCAAGAGUACAAGUUUAUGCAUAGGGCUUAUAGUGUGCUUCAAACAGCUAUGGCGCGGCUUGAAGAAGAAUUCAGGAACUUGCUUAUCCAGAACAGGCAACCUUUUGAGCCUGAAUACGUCUCUUUUCGAUCCAGUGAAGAAGAUGCUGUUGAUGAGAACUCCAUAGUCUCUAUAGGCGAUGAAUCGGUGGAGGAGUCACUUCAAAGAGAUAGUGUCAGCAGAGCCUCCGAGGAGCAUAUCAUUCACUUGGUUCAUCCAGCUGUGAUCCCGGAUCUCAGGUGUAUUGCAAACUUACUUUUUGCAUCUAACUAUGUCCAGGAAUGUUCCAAUGCUUAUGUCAUUGUCCGGAGGGAUGCCUUAGAUGAGUGCCUCUUCAUUCUUGAAAUGGAAAGGCUCAGCAUCGAGGAUGUCCUUAAAAUGGAGUGGGGUAAUUUGAAUUCAAAAAUCAAAAGAUGGAUUUGGGCUGUGAAAAUCUUUGUUAGGGUGUAUCUUGCAAGUGAGAGGUGGCUUAGUGACCAGAUUUUUGGGGAGGGUGAGCCUGUUGGUCUAGCUUGUUUUGUUGAUGCAUCAAAGGCUUCGAUAUUGCAGCUUCUGAAUUUCGGUGAAGCCAUGUCUAUUGGCCCUCACCAACCUGAGAAACUGUUCCGCGUUCUUGACAUGUAUGAGGUUCUAGCUGACCUUAUGCCCGACAUUGAUGUUUUGUAUUCAGAUGAGGUUGGUUCGUCGGUUAAGAUUGAAUGUCACGAGGUUCUGAAGAGAUUAGGCGAUUGUGUGAGGGCAACAUUUCUUGAAUUUGAAAAUGCCAUUGCAACAAAUGUAUCAUCAACCGCUUUUGUUGGUGGUGGCAUUCAUCCUUUGACAAAAUAUGUUAUGAAUUAUCUUAGAACCCUUACUGACUACAGUGACAUACUCAAUCUGCUUCUGAAGGACCAAGAAGAAGAGGAUGGCAUUUCAUUGUCGCCUGACAUGAGCCCUGGUACAGAAGAAGAUAGCAGAAGUCAGGGAUCUCCGAGUAGAGUUUCCUCAAUGGCCCUCCACUUCCGAUCAAUCGCUUCAAUCUUGGAGAGCAACCUUGAGGAGAAGUCCAAGUUAUACAAAGAGUUAUCCUUGCAGCAUUUGUUCUUAAUGAACAACCUACAUUAUAUGGCUGAAAAGGUUAAGGGGUCUGAACUCAGGCUCGUAUAUGGAGAUGAAUGGAUUCGAAAGCGCAACUGGAAGUUUCAGCAGCAUGCAAUGAAAUAUGAGAGAGCUAGUUGGAGUUCUAUUCUCAACUUGCUUAAGGAUGAGGGAAUUCAUGUUCCGGGUACAAAUUCUGUCUCAAAAAGUCUUCUUAAAGAGAAGCUUCGAAGCUUCUACUUCGGCUUCGAGGAUGUUUACAGAAUCCAGACAGCUUGGGUUAUCCCAGAUAUUCAGCUUCGUGACGAUUUGCGGAUUUCUCUAUCCCUCAAAGUGAUCCAAGCUUAUAGGACAUUUGUUGGAAGGCAUAAUAGUCACAUAAGUGACAAAAACAUUAAGUACAGUGCUGAUGAUUUACAAAACUACCUUAUGGAUUUCUUUGAAGGGUCUCAAAAGUGUUUGCAAAAUCCCCAUAGGAGGUGAUAGCUGAUAGGCAAGAAUAACCCUGUUAUCUAACACAGGCUUCUAUGUGUUCAUAAACAGGCUAGGAUCCGUGUCAAAGCCUUAUUGUCCCACGUAGUGUGUAUUAUAUGUAAUGAUUGUAAGAGAUUCAGAGUUAUGCUGCCCUUUUGCAAUGUAUUCUUUUGAUUUACUUAAAUUUGAUUCCAUAAUAGGCCUAACACGAUAUUCUGUUUU